AGGUAAUCGUUCCCACUCUAUCGGCUGUUCUCCAUCUCUUCGGUUCUCUGCGCAGAGUGUCUUGCAUUUCUCUCUUCGUGACCGGCCGUGGUUGGUUAUCGUAGCCGAUACUUUUGUCCCCGAUUAUUCGUACCAUUGUCUUUUGGAUUGAACGUUUCGUCGUUGCUGGCCAAGAUGUUGCUGAUCCAACCGUCGGAAGAGAUGUCGAAGCAGAUUCGCAUGGAGUUGAAUGAAAAUGUGGCGACACGCGAUAAGGAUGUGGAAGUCAUCAAGGAAUGGCUAUCUAAACAACCACAUUUACCCCAGUUCGAUGAUGAUUACAGAUUACUGACAUUUCUUCGAGGUUGUAAAUUCUCCUUGGAAAAAUGUAAGAAAAAACUGGACAUGUAUUUCACGAUGAGAACUGCAAUCCCAGAGUUCUUUACUAAUCGAGAUGUCACUUUACCAGAACUGAAAGUCACUAAAAUUAUUCAGAUUCCUCCAUUGCCAGGCUUAACAAAGAAUGGACGACGAGUAAUUGUAAUGCGUGGUAUCAACAAGGAUCUUCCAACCCCAAACGUAGCAGAAUUGAUGAAACUGGUUCUAAUGAUCGGCGACGUACGUUUAAAAGAAGAAUUAAUGGGAGUCGCCGGAGAUGUGUAUAUUUUAGAUGCUAGUGUCGCAACGCCAUCUCAUUUUGCUAAAUUCACACCAGCUCUCGUAAAAAAAUUCCUAGUGUGCGUGCAAGAGGCAUAUCCAGUAAAGUUGAAAGAGGUUCACGUGGUGAAUAUUAGUCCUCUGGUAGAUACUAUCGUCAAUUUCGUGAAACCAUUCGUUAAGGAAAAAAUUCGCAACAGAAUCUUCAUGCACAGUGAUUUGAAUACUUUAUACGAAUAUAUCCCUAGGGAAAUAUUGCCAGCCGAAUAUGGCGGCGAUGCUGGACCUUUACAAAAUAUACAUGAGACCUGGAUAAAAAAAUUAGAAGAAUAUGGUCCCUGGUUCGUAGAACAGGAAUCAAUAAAAACGAAUGAAGCACUUCGACCAGGAAAGCCAAAGACUCACGACGACUUAUUUGGAUUGGACGGAUCGUUCCGACAGUUGGUGAUCGAUUAGAAAUCUUCUGUCGAUGAUGACAACUUGAUCGAUUUUCAUCUCGGUGCUAAUUCGAAGAAAAUUCGCUGGAAGGAAAAAGAGAAAUGAAACAUCCGCAUCACAAUUUUUUUUUUUCGACAUACAAUUUGGAUAUAUUAACAUCAAAUUUUUAAAAAUCGAAAUUAAUUUUAUAAAUAUUUUGUAGAUUUUUUAUAAAUUUAUUUUAAUUCCGUGGAAAAAAUCUAAAUUCUUAAGAUAAAAUAACUACCAAAAUUUCAUAGAAUCAGUAUUAGAUAAUAUCUAAUCCAAUCAUUAAAUUAACUUGAAUAUUUUUUAAUACUGCUUAAAGUAUAAUUCCAAACAUUUUAUUGGAAAUGCAUAUUUGUAUAUGUUUUACAUUUUUAUAACAAUCUCUAUUUAUCUUUAAUAUGCUUGUUUGUUUUAUAUGUUUCUUGUUAGAUUUUUAACUCUGUAUUUUGUAGAAUUUUGCGUAGAAUAGCUAUUUUUCGUUCAGUUAUUUUUUUUAUUCAUGAAAAUUGGUUAAAAACGUUAAAAGACAUAAAUAUGUAGAAUCAUUUCGAAUCUAUAACCUAAUCUAUCCGAUCCAUCUAAAUUUUUUCAUCCUAAAAUUCGAAAUUUUUCUGAAUUCGUGACGAUUUCAUCCGAAUUUUUCUAAUUAAUUGAUAAUAUCGAAUAGUUUUAAUUACGAAUACUUAUAAUAAAUAUGACUUCUUUGACGAUUAUUAAUAGAUGAUAUUUACUUGGAUAAAUUCUUGGUUAUGAAUAAAUUUUUAUAGUUGAUGUCGUACACGAAAGAACAUAAGCUUUUAAGAACUUUAAAAUAAUUUUGAUUAUAAUUUUAAUGCGUGUUAUUUUCUUUUAAAACUCUGUUAUGUUAUU